AUGGAACAAGCACAUCACUGUGACCUAUCACCAAGCACCAACCUCAGCCAGGAGUGGAUUGAAGCCAUCAGCCCGGCUCAGUCUGAGCACGGAGCACUGUUGCAAGUGGGACGGAGGGUCUGCCGUGGUUCCUCUCUGGGCCAUGUUGAGAACGCUUCUGCUCACGGCCUCCAUCCAGCGGACAACACCACGACCUCCGAGCUGCCGUCGCUGGGGUGUCACGGAUGGAACUUCAGUCAACAAUACUUCACCUCCACAGUGGUGACAGAAUUUGCUCUGGUGUGUGGAGACCAGUGGAAGCGGGACUUGUCCUCUAUGGUUUUCUUCUUUGGAGGAAUGUGUGGAUGCUUUGUGAGUGGCCAGCUCGCCGACAGAGUGGGACGGAAGCCUGUGCUGUUCGCCUCUCUGCUGCUGCUGAGUGUCUUCAGCUGGGGUUUGACAUUUGCUCCAUCAUGGCCUGUUUUUACUGCCCUCUUCUUCAUGGUCGGCUGUGGACAAGCGACCACCUACAUCAUUGUCUUUGUACUUGGAUCAGAGUUGCUGACUGGGAAGAUGCGGGUGCUGUUCUCUACACUUGGAUUGCCUUUCUCCUUCACCUUUGGCAUGAUGCUUUUACCUUAUGCUGCAUAUCUGCUCUCAAGCUGGAGACAUCUGGCCGUGACUAUAGCGGCGGUCUCCAGUGUUGCCUGCCUGCCUUUCUGGUGGCUGGUUCCAGAGUCUCCUCGUUGGCUGCUUUCUCAGGGACACAAACAGGAGGCUGAGAGGAUCCUCCAAAUGGCCGCUUCUCCAAACCAGCUCCAAGCUCCGAUCAGAAUCUUCUACCCGGAACAGGCAGAGAACAGGUUUAGGACGGAUAAGUUGGGGGAAUCUGGAACCUUCUUGGACCUGCUAAAGGCCCGGAAUGUUCGGAACAUCAUUGUAAAGCUCUGGAUUUGUUGGUUUGCUAUUCAUGUCAGCUACUAUGGCAUGGCAUUCAUCACAUCCAGCCUGUUUGGAAACCCGUUCUUGAACUACUUUCUUGUGUCAGUCAUUGAGCUUCCCGCAUACGUGUGCAGCUGGCUGGCGGCGACGCGCUGUCCUCGCAGAAAAAUCUUCAUAAUGUUUGGAGCUCUGGGCUCCACAGGUCUGCUGCUGACCAGCCUCACGACAGACAUUUGGCCAACCGUUACGCUGGUGCUUGUGAUGUUGGGGAAGUUUGGAGUCCUCGCUGCCAUCAGCUGCAUGUACAUCCACACAGGAGAGUUGUUCCCCACAGUGAUCCGGAACACAGCCAUGUCCUCUUGCGGAAUGUUGGGCCGUGUGGGUGCGGCUUUGUCUCCAUACCUCCAGCACCUUGCGGCUGUAUCACCUUCGCUGCCCUGGGGGGUAGUGGCUGCUCUGUCUUUGCUGAGUGUGAUGUUGGUUUUCUCAAUCCCAGAGACUUUCCGAGAACCGCUGCCUGAUUCCAUUGAGCAGAUGACCAAGCCACAAAGAUUCAGUUUGAUCUUCAGCGACUGCUUUUCAGUCAGAGAAAAUACUGACAAGAAAGCCAUCACCGUGAGUCCUGUGUCUCCUGUAGCGGAAGUCCUCUGCUCUACACCACUGUGA